CAUCAGAAUUCCUCUCGUUUGCGCAGCUACCGCUGGUCGAACUGCGACUCUGUGAAGGAGCCGUCAGCACGCAUGCGCGAGCAGGAAGCGGUUCUGUGGAGGAGCCGUCAGUACGCAUGCGCCAGCAGGAAGAGGCUCUGUGGACGAGCCGUCAGCACGCAUGCGCGAAAAUUAAGCGCUUCAUAAAUCCAUAAAAUCAUAACGUUUGCGACGCAGCACGUGACACACCGUCAGAAAAUGUCACAUUAGGUCAUUCAGACAGAUGACGGCAUAUUGCGUCAUUACCACGAUUGUUUAGCAGGUCAUCAUGAUUUUUUAGCAGGUCAUUCAGCGUCAGAUGAGAGCAUGUGACGUCAUCUAAUGUUGUCAGCAACAUUGUUUAAUAUAACCACCUGAACUCACAGAGACACCGAGGGAAACGACGGAAAGAGAUUUUAAAAAAGAGCAGAAGUGGCAAGAGAGACACAAAGCAUCAAAAGAACGAUUCCAGAAAUUCUAAAAGAAAGUUUGAAAAUGUCUCUGAAAGAAAUCAGCCAAAGUACAGAGACAAUCCUGACCCAGAACUCCAUCAUGGUCAGCCAAAUGGAGAAGAUUGGCAAAAAUCUGUCUAACAUGAAGGAUCUGGAGAGCACCCGCAAGAACCUGAAGAGGGAGAGGAAAGCUGCUGCUCAGAGAAACAAAGAGCUGCUGAAAUCCCUGCAGACCCUGAACACACAAGUUCAGCAGCAGAUGAAGAUCCAGGAGAAAUGUGAGGCAGAAAGACAGACAAUCGCUGCCUUCUCUGAGAACAUCCGUGAAAGCAAAGAGGAAAUGGUGGCUCUGAGGUCCAAACUCUGGCUGGACGAAGAGCUGAAACUAGAGCAGGAGCGGGUGAAACAGGAGAGGAAGAUCAUGGAGAAGAAGUCUGCAGUUCUGAAAGCCGAGCUGCAGAAGCUGCAGAAAAAGGUCGGCCACCAAGCCGUCCUGGAAAUGGACUACAAACUGGAGUUCAACCAUUUCCACGCUCUGGAAGAGGAGACCGCCGCUCUGAAAACGGAGCUUCAGAAGCUGCAGACAGAAAUCCUGGAGCGAGACCAAAUGAGAGAAGAGUUCCCCGCCAUGGUUGAAGAACAAUACCGUUUGGAGGAACUCAAGAAAGAGCUGCAGGCAGAGCUGUCCCAGCUGAGAGAGCAGCCCAACGACGCCAUCCAGCUCCGCAUGCUGCACCAGAGACUCAGCCUGGAGCUGAUGCAGCUCAGAAAAGAAACCAAAGACCUGCAGAGGAGACGGGAAGGAGUCCAACGCUCCUCUGAGGAGGUGGAGGAGCUGCAGUCUGCAUGUCAGAAUCUCCAAACUAAAACCAGGAAGGCGUUCCAGAUCAACUCUGACCUCACAGAGGAAAUCACCAGACUGGAAAAUGAAAUCUCACAGCUGAAAAUUCAAGAAGCUAGAGGUCAGGAGUGGACUGAAGAGUACAACAAGCAAAAGGCUGAAGCAGAUGUUCUUCAGCUGGACUACCAAGAACUCCAGAAAACCAAGGAGCAGCUGACAAAGUCCAUCAAGAACAUGAAAGCUCUGCAGUCUGCAUGUCAGAAACAUCAAGCCAAAAACAAGAAGGCGGUCCAGAUCAACUCUGACCUCUCAGAGGAAAUCUCCAGACUGGAAAAUGAAAUCAGUCAUCAUUUGGAUUUGGAGGACAGAGUCUGUGCCGCCAGAGAGGAAAGAGAGAGGAUGGAGAAGGAAACUGUCAUCCUUCAAGGAAAAAUCCAAGACCUGCACCUCCAGAUGCAGCAGUUCCAGCAGCAAACGGAGGUUCUGCAGGAGGAACGUCAGACGCUGCAGGACCGACGCCACCAAAGAGACCAGAUGAGGGAGGAGUACUCCAGAAUGCUGGAGGACAUCUGCUGCCUGCAGAACCAGCAGGCAGGUCUGGACACGGAAAUCUCACGCCUGAAAGUGGAAGAGAUUGAAGCUCAGGAGUGGAUGGAAGAGUUCAAGAAGCAAAAGGCUGCAGCAGAUGUUCUUCAGCUGGAGAACCAGGACCUCCAGAAAACCAAGGAGGACCUGACAGAGUCCAUCAGGAACAUCCUCACAGACCAGGAGGAAGCAAGCCUGCACGAGCCUUCAUCCUCCUCUUCAUCAGGCAUCCAAAAUGAUGAGGACAUCAGUUCUGAUGAAGAGCUCCAGAAUACUUCAGAUGAUGAACAGUCUGUGAAUUCCAUUAAAGGAGCAGUCUCCAUCAAAGAAAUGAAAGGUUUUGUCUCUUCACUGACUGAGGAAAAUCAAGAGAAACAUGAGGAUGAUGAGGAAUGUGAGGAAGAGGAGGAGGAAGAUGACAAAGUCAGUUCUGAUGAAGAGCUCCGGAACACAUCAGACGAUGAAGAGUCUGUAAAUUCCAUUAAAGAAACAGUCUCCAUCACUGAAAUAAAAGCUUUUGUCUCUUCACUGACGGAGGAAGAUCAAGAGAAAAAUGAGGAAGAUGGUGAGGAGUGUGAGAACAUUAGUUCUGAUGAAGAGCUCCAGAAUCCUUCAGAUGAUGAAGAGCUCCAGAACACAUCAGACGAUGAAGAGUCUGUAAAUUCCAUUAAAGGAGCAGUCUCCAUCAAAGAAAUGAAAGUUUCUGUCUCUUCACUGACUGAGGAAGAUCAAGAGAAACAUGAGGAAGAUGAGGAAUGUGAGGAGGAGGAGUAUGAGGAAGAGCUCCAGAAUCCUUCAGAUGAUGAGGAAUAUGAGGAAGAGUGUGAGGAGGAAUAUGAAGGGGAUGAGGAAGAAUAUGAGGACAACAGUUCCGAUGAAGAGCUCCUGAAUCCUUCAGAUGAUGAAGAGUCUGUGAAUUCCAUUAAAGGAGCAGUCUCCAUCAAAGAAAUGAAAGUUUCUGUCUCUUCACUGACUGAGGAAGAUCAAGAGAAACAUGAGGAUGAUGAGGAAUGUGAGGAGGAGGAGUAUGAGGAAGAAUGUGGCGAGGAUGAUGAGGAUUGUUCCGAUUUUGAUGAGGAGUGGUCCGACUUUGAGGAUCAGGUUGAGGAUCUCCUGGUUCUGUAAGGGUUUAGGUUAUAUUAUUAGAUUGCUAGUAGGAAAUAAAACAUUAGAGACAUUUUAGAUUAUUAGAAAAAAA